GAUCAAAUAGAGAAGAAGAAAACGAAGAAGAUCAAUCAUCUUCUUCUAUAGGAACCAGUCGACAGAUAUUAUCUGUCAUAUUAGGUUUCAUAUGUAAUAGACAAUUACACUGACUCUUAAGGAAAGAGUUUGAUAAUUUUCCAGUCCCAAUACAUAUAUAUACACACAUACAUAUAUAUAUAUAUAUAUAUAUAUAGGAGGAGAAAUGAGAAGGGUGAUUUUUGUGACGUGGUUGGUUUUGCUAUCGGCGGUAGUACAGCUCCGAGCAGAAGAUCCUUACCUGUUCUUCACGUGGAAUGUCACGUACGGUACAAUCUCUCCUUUGGGUGUUCCUCAGCAAGGAAUUCUCAUUAAUGGCCAAUUCCCAGGACCCAACAUCAACUCCACCACCAACAACAACAUUGUCCUCAACGUCUUGAACAACCUUGACGAGCCUUUCCUUUUGACUUGGACGGGAGUCCAGCACAGGAAGAACUCUUGGCAAGAUGGAGUGGUUGGGACAAACUGCCCCAUCCCUCCAGGCAAAAACUUCACCUAUCACUUCCAAGUCAAGGACCAAAUAGGAAGCUACAUCUACUACCCCACAACCGCCGUACACAGGGCGGCAGGCGCCUUCGGUGGCCUCCGCGUCAACAGCCGUCUCCUCAUCCCCGUCCCUUACGCGGACCCCGAGGACGACUACACCGUCCUCAUCGGAGACUGGUACGUCAAGAGCCACAAAACCCUCAAGAACUUCUUGGACAGCGGCCGCUCCCUCGGCAGGCCGGACGGCGUCUUGAUCAACGGCAAGUCUGGAAAUGACAAGAAGCCACUUUUCACCAUGAAGCCAGGGAAGACGUACAAGUACAGAAUCUGUAAUGUGGGCCUUAAAGACUCCCUAAACUUCAGGAUUCAAGACCAUCCCAUGAAGUUGGUUGAGAUGGAGGGCUCUCACACCGUCCAGAACACCUACGAGUCUCUCGACGUCCACGUCGGCCAGUGCUUCUCGGUCCUCGUCACCGCCGAUAAGGCGCCCAAGGAGUACUACAUGGUGGCCUCAACCAGGUUCACUAAGACCGUCCUCACCGGAAAAGCCAUAAUCCGCUACACCAACGGCCGCAAAGGCAGUGCAUCCCUUAAAAACAUCCCAGAGGCUCCGGUCGGGUGGGCUUGGUCGCUCAACCAGUUCCGGUCCUUCCGGUGGAACCUCACCGCCAGCGCCGCCAGGCCAAACCCCCAGGGAUCCUACCACUACGGUAAGAUCCCCAUCACGCGCACAAUCAAGAUCGUCAACUCGGCAAGCAGAGUUAAGGGAAAGCUCCGUUACGGCAUCAACGGAGUCUCUCACGUUAAUCCCGUGACACCGUUGAAGCUGGCCGAGUACUACGGUGUUGCCGAUAAGGUGUUCAAGUACGACUUGAUCAAAGAUGAGCCGCCCAAGAAACUUUCUGGUGAAGUGACUUUGGCUCCUAAUGUGGUCAACCAGACAUUCCGUAACUUUGUGGAGAUCAUCUUUGAGAACCAUGAGAAGAGCUUGCAGUCUUGGCAUUUGGCUGGAUACUCCUUCUUUGCCGUCUCGAUUGAACCAGGGAGGUGGAGGCCAGAGAAGAGAAAAAAUUACAAUCUUCUUGAUGCAGUGAGCAGGCACACAAUUCAGGUGUAUCCCAAAUCAUACGCCGCAGUCCUGCUUACAUUCGACAACGCCGGAAUGUGGAACCUGCGGUCGGAGCUGACAGAGAAUCGGUACUUAGGGCAGCAACUCUACAUUAGUGUCCUCUCACCGGCGCGGUCCCUCAGGGAUGAGUACAAUAUGCCGGACAACGCCUUGCUUUGCGGCAUUGUCAAGGACUUGCCCAAGCCUCAUCCUUACACCAUCUAAAAAAUAAAAAAAAAUAGACAUAUCCACACCUUUCUUUGUAGUCAGCGCCACAUACACAACAAUGAAUCAGUGAAAAGGAUUCAUGGUCAAUCACCAGUUAUUACAUUAAUUAUAAGUGAUCAUGUCCCUUUUCAAGUCAGUCUGUAAUGUAUUUAAUAUUUUGUCCCUGCUCCAGUUUUAUGAAUAAAA